AUGACGCAUUUGACAGCGUUUCCAGUGGCUUUACAUUUGAAAACAAAUUACGUGGGGUGAAGUGGAUGGCACUUUCGCCUGUCGUCGGCACGUUCCAGGCCGGGGCCAAAAAAGCGUGUCCCGAGCGGCCUUGGCAGUGGUUUGCAACCGAAUUCGAGUAAUCCGCGCUCGCCAACAAACUUCCCUGCCGAACUGGUCUGUCUGUCUCGCGCCCACGCUCCUUCUUACGCCAAAAGAAGCAGCAGCUUUUGCCAAGAAGACGCUACCUGUUCCGCUUUGUUGUAGUCUCUGAGAUUGGCCCACUUGAAGCUCCUUCUUUUUUUGUCAAAUCUUUGCCGACGCCGUCGGUGUUGCUUGCAUUUCCGCACUAUCGCCGCAUGUGGCACUAUCGCGUCGUACUUUUGGCUCUGCUGCCGUUUGCCGUCUGUCUCGAGGUUUUUUUUUCUUGAUUACUAGCCACGACGUGAGGACCCGGAGUUAAUGAUAAAAAUGUUUGCAACUUCAUCAAAAAAUCACCUGAUACAAAGGGAAAAGAGGUUGAAGCAGACGAAACGUUCAAUGGAAAGCGCAAGUAAAAGUAAUGGCCGGUUGGGAACUCGAAAAUUUGCAAAAAUGCAUUAAUUUCAAAUCUCGAAAAAAAUUAUAUCCAUUACUUUUUAUGUCAAGUUAUCAAGCUUCAAAACUUCUGAGCUAUAAAUUUUUGCGAGGAAAAAGUAUUUUUUUGAAAACAAAGAUUUAUUUAUUCCAAUUGGAUGUGUGAGGUCAUCAAAGAGUGAAAUUGAAAAACUGAUAUAAAAUGUUUCAUUGAUUUUUUUCUAACAUGUCCAUGAUUAUUUGUAUAUUUUUUUAUAAAGCAAAAAAAAUCGUUCGUUUGAGCUUCUUAGGGCUCUCAUUAGAGUUUUCUAAAUCUUUUUAUCUUUUUUUGUUAAUCUUAACUUUUUUUCACGAUUUCUGAAAUUGCAAAAAAAUUUUUUUAAAUAUGUCUGAAAGGUUAAUUUUUUUCCGAUAUUUGAUAAUUUGGUUGAAAAAAACUUUUUGUAGGAAUAUUUCAAACGCAUCAUUACCUAUUUUAUUUAGAUUCGAAACUUUCAAUUUCAGAACCACACUAUAACCUGUGGGAUUCCAGAAAACAUCUCCUCAUUGCCUGAAUUUGCUCAAGAAGAAAUCAAGGAAAUAUGGUGAUUUAGCCGUUUUUCGAUCAAUGAUUUUGAAAUCACAGGAAGAACUAUGUUGAGAAGACGCCGUGCGACCGAGAAUUGCUCAUUCAACAAGACGUCCUCGAAGUGAUCCAAAGUUUCGACUCUCAAUUUUCUUCAAAAGGUUUUUUUUCUGAUAUUUUGAGAUAGCUUUUUCCUCGUUUCCUUGUGUUUCAAAAUUUUUCUUUCUUAUUUUUAAAAAGAAAUAAUUUUUUUAAUCGAUCGAAUUUCACUUUUUUUCCAAUAUACUUUACUAGUAAUCGGAUUAAGGUGCCUGAAAAACACUAAAACGCUAUUCUUUACGGAACAGAUGGCAAGUUAAACUUGAGGUUACAUAACUUGACUAAAAAAAGAGAAUGAUAAAAAAAAUUUUUAAAACUCAAGUUUGAGGUUUUUUUCAUUCCAGAGCAAAGUUUGAUCCAGCUCUUAAGUCAUGAUAAGUUUUAUUUUCCGAGAUAGCUUUUUCAACAUUUUCCGGAACUAACGGAAAAUUUUCGAAUGAAGCUUUCCCCGCUGAUUCAUUUUUGUGGUUUUAACGAGGAAAGCGUGUGUUGUGAACAUCGCAGAUGUGGUUCAAACUUCCGUGGUAGGCAGUCCUAGGUAUGAGUGCUCGAAAAUAAAAAGAAAUCUCUGCUAAGCGCCAUAGGGCGUUGAGUUAUAAACUGUCGAAUACGUACGGAAAAGAAGUUUGAACCAUAUCUGCAAUGGUAACUUCACACACUUCCCUCGUAAGUUAUUUCCUGUACUCAUUUUGCUUCGGAAAAUAAGUUUUUCUAGGCGACUCAUUGAACAGCAGCGGAGCUAAAAAUGAAGAAACAACAAGGAGUUUUUUGACUAACUCUGAAAGAACAACGACGCCAGAGUCGACAUCUCCCACGUUCUUGGACUACGAUCAAAUCGCGGUGUUUAUUUUGAUUUUCAGUUUGGAUUCAUUUUUUGCAAGUUUCAUACAGGAAACAUUUUUUGUUUCUCUCCAUUUCUCGUUUGAAACUGAAGUUCGUGGAAAUCUUCGUUUUUUCUAGGCCAAAGGUGGAACUCCGAUUCCGUUGCUGUCUUCUCAAAUGAAGACUCCAGACGUACCUGCGAGGAAUACAGCUGAAGGCGAUGAUUAUGUCGAUCAGGUUUUUUUUUCGUAACGUUCGAGAUUUCUGAUUUUUUUUUUCUUGAUUUUUAUAAUGGAGCUGAAAAUACAGAAGCAGAGAAAAAGUACAACGAUUAACGAGAGAUCUGUCUUAUUUCCAGAGUACGCUAUCUUAAGACUGGAAAACCUUGAAGUUUCAAUCGAUCACUCGAAUAAAAAUGAUUUUUCAGUUCUUCCCUUGACUGAUAAACUUUUCAGCAUUCUUUCAAAAUAAUCUGUGUGAGAUAUUUAGACAACGUUCGAUGACGUCGCAAUGCUACAAUUCGACUCCGUUAAAGCUCCUUUCCUCCAGACAGCUUCAAGCGACGUCAAACAAGAGUUUGAAAAACUAUGGCGUGACGAAGAUAUUCCGAGUGAAAAUCUGCGGGCCGUAAAGGUUUACAAUUUUUUUCAGGAUUCCUUUGAGCUCGAAAGUUUCAUUCCCGAAAUUCUCAACCCGCCUAGUUGUUUCUUUCCACAAAUUAAGAAGGAAUGGCUUUCAAUAACCGGAUAAGAAUGUGUUGAAGAAAUAUACUUCGACAUCUACAGGUCUUCAUUUAAAAAAAAACUUACCCAAAUUUCUUUUCGGUUGCGUUGUGGAUCCUCGAAUUUCAUGCAUUUUCUCCGGCGUAUAUGCGUUUCCCAAGUACUAUAAAAGGACUAUAAGACAAAAGUUUGAAAAAUGAAACUAAGAUUUUAAUUUGAAAGAUUCCAAAUAUGUAUUUCUGGCAAAUAAAAAAUCUCAACCAGAAACAAACAAUAUUUCUUUGAAAGAUCUCAAGAAGCGUGUGCAAAAGAAAAGUUGAAGUAUUUCAAUAAUUUUUUUCAGAUCCAAACUCUUGCCGUAUCUCUACUCAACAGUAAGCAGCUCAUGGAAUACAGUAGGUGGGCUACGAAAAGACGCAGAGUUCUGAAGGUUACUAAAAAUUAAUUUUUUCAUACUUUAUUGGUUCAAAGUGGAAGUUUGUGCUCGUAAGUAUAAUAGCACAAUGAACUUCUGUCUGAAUGCUGUGAAUAUUCAAUUAUUUAUGUGAUCGGCACGAUCUUUGAUGCGUCCGGAGGCAACUCGUUUUCUGGCUCGUGCACUAGGAAAAAUCGGAUUGCAAUGGUCAUAGGACUGUCGAGCCAUGCUAUCUGCGACCACAGACUUCCAAGCUACGAAUUUCAAUAAUAAUUUGUGUUAUUCGAGGCUCGAGAGGAGGAAAUGCGACAUUUGAGCUCUGACGCUAAACGAACACUGCGGAAAAUGAGUAAAAUUAAAGGUGAGAUAAAUUUUAUUUUUCUUCUUACUUUGAGUUUGGAACUGAUAUUGAAAUCUCUCCUUAUAAUUUGGUUCUUGAAUUUUUUGAGGAAGCAGGUGUUUCACUCGAAAUUUCCAAGUAAUGAAGCUUUUUCGGUAUGAAUCUUUCUGCCAUUUUGAUUGAAAGUUCAUAAAGUAGGAAUCGAAACGUUGUUGAGAUUGUUUUGAGAUCAGUUUUUGUUUUGGGAUGCAAUGCGUCAGUUCCAGGUGAUUUUUAUUAGAAGAAGCUUUCAGAAGUAAUUUUUUCAGACUUGCGUUCGGCUAAUUUUGCUACUUAAAAAAUAAUCUUGUCAACUGCGAUUUUUUCAAAUAUCGGAAAACAGCUCUUUGUGUUUUCUGAUGCAUUAUUUUCAAAUCUUUUAAUCAAGCCAGAAAACGUUUUUUUUCGGAUUGAAUGCCACAUUUUUAGCUUAAAAAAGACCGUUUUGAAAAAUUUCAGCUGUGUAACUCUGAAAACUUGUUAGCAGAUAUCAAAGAAUACUUGAUUUUGGGUAGUAUCUACAGGCGCAUAGAAAAAUUUUCACUUCGACGGAAAAUGAUAAGAAAAUCAUAAAAUUGUCUUCCUCCUCACUGAGAUCGAAAUUCUCAAAAAUUUCGAAAUUUAAUAUUUUCAGCGAGAGAUGAACAACACAACAUCGCCGUUUCUCCAGAAGUCCGUCGGGAACUCACAGCGUUUGUCCAGAAGCUCAACCGAAGGAGGAGUCUCAAACUCGUUCAUUGA